GGAAGAACCAACAGGUCUCACUAGAGCACUAAAAUAUUAUCUGUGUUUCUGCAACACUGACAUCAAGAAUCAAGAGUGGAUGAAGAGUUUAACUGUAUCUGUUCUCUAAGAAACACCUUCUAAAGAAUAUAGCUGAGGAAGAAGCUGCUACGCUCCACCUACAUAAAGAACCACAUAUGAGGAGGAGACAUUAAUCAGACAGUUGAUGCUACGUUUGUCUUUCAGAGGAACUUAGACAGAGACUUUGAGAGUUUACAGCCUGAGAACAAGACAUAGAAAACAAGAGAAGGAAACACAAUGGUUGAAUUUAAAUCAUUUCAGAUGUUUUUGAUCCUGAUGAUUCCAUUUGCAGCAGCAGUGACUCAACAUUAUUCCAAGAUCAUUGUCAGAGCUGGAGAUGAAGCUACUUUAUCUUGUGAAGAUGUGAAAGAUCUCCCUGAUAAAUGUCACAGUACUACAUGGAUCUUCAACUACUUAACAACUGGACCAACAGUAACACUGUUUGAAUAUGGACAGAUUCAGAGAGAAGCUGCAGCUAAAUCGUACAGACUGAGUGUUACGGAGAAAUGUUCUCUGGUUAUAGAGAAGGUCACAGAUGAGGAUGUUGGUCGCUACACCUGCAGACAGUUUGAUGAAGGACAAACAGUUACAGACUCUCAGGUUGAUCUGACUGUUAUUAAAAGAGACAACGUAGCAACAACAACAACAACUAAAUUACCAACAACAACAACCAAAAGAACAACUAAAGCAACAACCAGACCAACAACAAUCAAAGCAACAACUAAAGCAACCAAAGCAACAACCAGACCAACAACUAAAGCAACCAAAGCAACAACCAGACCAACAACAACUAAAGCAACCAAAGCAACCUCCAGACCACCAACAACUAAAGUAACCAAAGCAACCUCCAGACCAACAACAACAACAGACCCAGCAGCAGGAGAAACAAGCCUAAAUGCAGAUCUCCUGAAGGUGCUGAUCCCUGUAGCUGUUGUUUCAGCAGCACUCUUGAUCAUCAUUGUGGCAGUCAUCAGAUGGAAGGGAGCUAAAGGGAACAACACCCAGUUGGACGACAACACUGCUGAUCCUCCAGAUGGUGUUUCCUACGCCUCCAUCCGCUACAAGAAGAAGACCAAGAGUAAAGUCCGGGUUCAGGGUGAAGAUGAUAUGGUGACCUACAGCACUCUCAACACUUCCACUGGGAUCAGCCUCCACUGAUCCCAGGAAGCUCUACACCUCCAUCAACAAGACCAACACAUGAGAGGCCACAGUGUAGCUACAUCUCUCUCUCUUCAAGUUUCUGAUUACUUCUGGUUAGAAGUGAGCUGGUGUAUAUUUAGCUCUCCAUGUCACAUGGUUCAUUGACUCUGCUCUUGAUGUAAACAUUCCAGAUUGGACACAUCUUUAUUUUUGUAUCCCUGAUCUUGUUGUUAACCCGUUCCCUUCCAGUUGAGGUUUAUUUGUGGGAGGGUUUUCUUUGCAUCUCAAAACGUAUUUAAAAAAAAGUUGUAAUUUAUCUUGAUAAUGUGUUAUUGGUAUUCUGGCAUACAGUGGGCUUACCAACACUGAGCUUCUUACUAUGAUACUGCUGUAAAUUUUAAAUACAAUAUAACAAUGUUUAGUCCUCAUUUUUUGAUUAAUUGUAUGAAUACUUUAUUAACUGCUGUAAAACCUUGUUGUCCAAAAGGUGGUGAAGUAGAUUCAGGGUGUCAGACUCUCAAAAGUAGAGUCAUGUGGCUGAUUGCUGUAUGGAAAACAUAUUAUUAUUGUAUAUAUUAUUACAGUGCAUUUUCCAAAAUAAACUUACUUUCAGUAGUUUAACUCUUCUAAAUUUUUUUCUUCUUCUUAUAAUUAUACUCUUUUUAAAUGUAUAUCUGUUAUUGUUUAACAUGUAAUAAGUUGAGGAUGAGGUAGAAAGUGUAAAAACACAGAUGUGACAUGACUUCUUAGUUGGUUAUCACCCUUAAGAGUCAUUUAUUCAACAGCAGGAAAGGGGUUGAUGAUUUGUUGUACAGUUUGAGGAGAAAUCAGGUAGUUUUCAUGCUUAAUUCAGAUGUAUUUAGAAAUCAUUUAUGUUUGAUGCAUUUUGUGUUAAAAAAAUUAGUGUUGAAAAAGUGAAAUUAAUAAAGAAAAUCAGUGCUCUGCU